AUGACCCGUCCACGGCUGGCCGGGGCGAUCGGCCUCGCUAGACUUCAUGAAUAUGCAAAGCAGGGGCGAGCGGCAGUUAGCCGGCCCUGGCCUGUCCGGCCCCUCAGCAGCCGCCUCUCAGCCGGCGGCCGCACACUGACCCGACGCGGCCUUGGGUCGGGCGCCGCCCGCGUGGGCCACCUGUACAACGACAGCCUGCACCGGGGCUUCCUGACGAGGCGCCCGCCCGCCGAGGUUCAGCAGCUUCAGAGAGCAGAACAUCUUUUCCUCUCAGCCUGGCCCUCUGCAAUGGAGGCCAUAAAGAGGCCAGUAGUAAAAGCUACAGAACAUGUGAGCAUGGCAGGGGCUGAGCUCCAUUUCAGGAUAUGGGUAAGAGGAGAGAUGCUGUUGCCUUGGAGCUGGCAGGUUGUGUGGCAGACAAGCAGGGUUCCCGCCACCUCCCAUGGAGACUACACUGGAACGCAGGCCUUUUAUCAUGCAGGUGGCCUCUUACCGCUCUUUCCCCCUCAACUUGCCUCACCUCCCAGCACACACUUCCAGUCAGCCUGGGCCCAGGAGAGACUGGGUAGCGCAGCGGUUGAAAGCGUGAUCUCAGGAGGCAGAGGGUCCAGAUUCAGAAAACCGUGGCUCUGCUGCUUCAACUUUCGGGGUGACCUUGGGCAAGGGGCUUAACGGCUCUACUGGCUCAGUCAUAUUAGUUUCAAAUGAGGCUAUGACAGUACCUCGCCAGGUUAACAGGAGAAUUAAGUGUGUUACUCGUGGAAAGUACUCGAACAGUCCUAGCCCAUAAUAAAUACUAUUAUCAUCUCGUUCCAUUCUCUGUUCAGAAACCUCAAAUACCUAUAGAAUUGGGACCAGUGUUUGGCCUGACAUAGGAGACUUUUUUGGCCUAAGCUUUUAACAAAUAUUUCCUGCCUUUCCUGUUCACUAACCCAUGUGCUCUGGCUCAGAUCCUGAAACCCACCCUCUUGUCUUGACUCACCUUGACCUCAUCAUAUUGCCAUGUGUUGAUGUCACUGCUAUCCCCCCAGGGGCAGGUUCCUUGCUCAGACGUGCAUGUACUCUCUUCUUCCUCUGAGCUAUAACUCCAACUAGUCAGUAUCCAAGUUCCUGUAGCCACUAGUUGUGGAGAAAGCUAAAGUCAUCAGACAUGAAAAGUAUUCUCUACACAACUCAUCCACUUAGAAAAAUCACUCUCCACUUAAACAUCUCUCCCUCCUUAACAUACUCUCCAUCCACCAUAGCCCAACUUUCCUCUCUGUUAUGGAUUGUGAGAUGUUGAAAAUACAACAAAACAGGUAUCAAAGUACAAUUUAAGUUUUGUAAAAUAUGCAGAAUUUCACAUAGUUGAUGAAUGUGUUGUUGGCCAAAUGCUCAGAUGAGUGUAGCCAUUGGCAAAUAAGGAUCUCAGAGAGUAGGUCCAUUAACAAACGAAGGGGAAAGUGACAUGUCUAACCAAUUAGGUGCUUCCUAGGGGGACGAUGUGAAUAUCAAAACUAAAGGAUUUAAGAGGGAAACUGAUGAAGCCCUUGACUAACUUUUCCUAAAAUGAUCCCGUGAUUGGUUACAUUGUAGAAAAUCAAACAUGAAAUGAUGUCCUAUUGUGUAAUCAUAUAAUUUGGGGAGGGAAAUACACCUAAAAUAUUAUUUUUAAGAAUUAGCCUGGUCGGGAGUGGUGGCUCAUGCCUGUAAUCCCCAGCACU